AUGACUGGUGCUAGACAACGUCAUCGUACUGCUUGUGUUGCAGUUGGAUUAAUAGCAAUGAUAGUCUUGGUGUGUCCUGCAAUGGCAUCACCUUUUAAUAAGCAAUCCGAUACUUUUAAAUCCAGCACUGGUGCUUUUGUUGAGAAAGUCUCUUAUUCUGAAGCAUUUGCCAAUAUGCCAAAACAGCUGCGUCAAGCCAAUUUCCAACAGGACUAUAGCAAAACAGUCGGUCAAUUCCAGUCUCGGUCUGGACCAUCAUAUGGACAGCAACAGCCUUUGCAGUCUAUGCACGGGACUGAGAAGCUUAUGCAGUAUCAGCCUGUAAAAGCACCGCCUGCAUUAAUGGAUCUCAUGAUGAAUUUGCUGAAUUAUACUCGGUCAGCAUAUUGCAUUGAUGGAUUGGAUACUUGGACAUGCACAACUUGUGGAGGUGCAACAGAACACACUACAAACAUCACUCUUAUUGGCAAUCCUACAUUCACUUCAUUUUGCUAUACUGCCGUACAUAUUCCUACCAGUCGCAUCAUUGUCUCGUUUAGAGGCUCUCAGAAUCUGGACAACUGGGUCAAGGACAUCACAACUGCACUACCUGACUCGCCAUUUCCCGAAUCCCCUCCUGGAGCACAAGUUCAUUUAGGAUUUCUACAGGCUUGGAAUCAGAUUAGAACAGAGGUUUUGGAUCAGGUCAAACUUCUUGCCAGUAGCUUUCCUGAUUUCGACAUUAUUGUUACAGGCCAUUCACUUGGAGGUGCCUUGACGACAAUGGCAUCCAUGGAAAUGGUCACAUUGCUUGGACUGGAUCCACAACGAAUUUUACUUUAUACCAUCAAUCAACCACGAACUGGAAAUUUCGAAUUCGUUCAAUGGGUAGCAUCGGUCAACUUUAAAGCUAUUCUACGGGUGGUGAAUCAAAACGAUGUUACCCCACACCUGCCUCCACUAUUUCUUGGUUUUUUUCAUCACCCAACCGAAAUAUGGGUCUCGAAUCGUGAUGGCACAACAUACGUAUGUCCAGCAACUGAGGAUAUGACAGCUUUGAAGAAUUCUAAAUCAAAAGUAGUGACCAAGCUAGACGAGGAAGAUGACCUUCCUGUCGAGAGCCAAGACUGUGCGAAUUCUCUAACAUUUGGGUUAGAUGUAUUGAAACACAUUUGGAUUUGGGAUAUCCCCAUUGGACGUCAUGCGUGCUAA